GAGAUGGAGAAAUUAUACCGAUUGGGUAAAUUACAAAACCUUUUCAACUUUCAUUGCACCCAAACAUCCCCUACAAGACAAGAUAUGAAAACAACGUAGAAAAAGGAAAAGCACUAUGUGGUUUCUGGUAUUUUGUUUUUUGGUGGGAGAAUAAUACAAAGAAGCCCCACUUUGCAAGCACAGAUACAUUGCACUUGGGAACGUUCCCAUUCAGUGUACCACAACCUGUUUCCACUUGCAAUAAAAGCCUUUCUUUGACAAUCUCAUACCCUUCAUUUCUCUUUUCACCACUUUCUCCCUCAUCUCUUUUUUUUGCCCUAUCCUAUAGGGUUUCCACCUUCUUCUUCCUUUCCUCUCUCUCUCAUGCAUUUUUGCUCAUCCCAAGAGUUGUUUCUCGCCGUUACCGUCAUCGUCUUCUUCUUCGUCGUGUUUUUGGCUCAAUUUCGAGGGUUCUUUUGUGUAGAACAACGCAGAUUUGACCUCCUGGUGUUUUUUGACCUGUGCCCAUGUCUAAAGUCUUCAGCUUUACCGGUAGUGAUGAUUUUUGCCCUGGGGGGUCUAUCUACCCUAACCCCAAGGAAGCGAGUCUCUUCUUGUCUCUUGGCCAUCGAGUUGACGUUUGCUUUCCGCGUCAGAAGAGGACUCGUCUCAGUGUUCCGCUUGAUAUCAGUGGAGAAUGGUUUGUGCAGAAGCAGAAGACAUCUAUUGAAUCUUUGCCAGAUGAAUGCCUCUUCGAAAUCCUUAGAAGGUUGCCGGCAGGCCAAGAUAGGAGCGCAUGUGCUUCUGUAUCCAAGCGCUGGCUUAUGCUCUUAAGCAGUAUUUGUAAGAAUGAAAUCUGCAGCAGUGAUAGUGCUGGGAGUGAAAAAGAGUUUAGUGAAAAGGGGGGUGAAGAUCAGGAAUUUGGUGAUGAAGGAUUCCUCUCCCGAAGCUUGGAGGGAAAGAAAGCAACAGAUGUUAGACUUGCUGCCAUUUCCGUUGGGACAGCAUCUCGAGGAGGACUGGGGAAACUUUUGAUUCGCGGAUGCAGUUCAGAUCGUGGGGUGACUGAUGUAGGUCUCAAGGCAAUUGCUCAUGGAUGCCCCUCACUAAAGGUUCUCUCUCUAUGGGAUGUCGCUACCAUAACUGAUGAAGGCCUGAGUGAGAUUGCUAAUGGUUGUCACCAGUUAGAGAAGCUUGACCUUUGCAAGUGCCCAGCAAUUACUGAUAAUGCUUUAAUUGCUGUUGCAAAAAAGUGCCCAAAUCUAUCUGAGUUAUCUAUAGAGUCGUGUCCAAACAUUGGUAAUGAAGGUCUACAAGCUAUUGGGAAAUGGUGUUCCAAUCUAAGGUCUAUCUCCAUCAAGGAUUGUUUUGGAGUUGGUGAUCAGGGAAUUGCCGGUCUCUUGUCUUCAGCUUCCUUUGUUCUAACAAAGGUGAAGCUUGAAUCACUGAUUGUUUCUGAUCUCUCUCUAGCAGUGAUUGGACAUUAUGGGUUUGCAGUUACAGAUCUUGUCCUAAAUUGCCUCCCAAAUGUCAGUGAGAAAGGGUUCUGGGUAAUGGGUAAUGGUCGUGGACUCCAGAAACUAACUUCACUCACAAUUGGAUGCUGCCAAGGAGCAACAGAUAUUGGGCUUGAAGCUAUAGGAAAGGGUUGUCCAAAUGUGAAGAACUUCCAGCUUCGUAAGUGUGCAUUUCUGUCAGACAAUGGGUUGGUAUCAUUUACCAAGGUUGCUCCAUCAAUUGAGAGCCUACACUUGGAAGAGUGCCACAGAAUUACCCAAUUUGGAUUUUUUGGGGUCCUUUUAAACUGUGGUGCAAAAUUGAAGGAUCUCACUCUGAUAAGCUGCUAUGGAAUCAAAGAUCUGAAUUUGGAAUUGCCGGCAGUGUCUCCUUGUGAAUCAAUUUGGUCACUAACAAUCCGUGACUGUCCUGGAUUUGGCAAUGCUACCCUUGCUUUACUUGGAAGGCUAUGUCCUCAGCUUCAGCAUGUUGAAUUGAGCGGACUUCAGGGAAUUACAGAUGCAGGGUUUCUUCCACUGCUCGAGAGCUCCAAGGCUGGUUUGGUUAAAGUCAAUCUAAGUGGUUGCAUAAAUCUGACUGAUACAGUAGUCUUGUCCAUGGUCAAGUCACAUGGAUGGACACUUGAGGUGCUAAACCUUGAUGGUUGUAUAAAAGUCAGCGAUGCUAGCUUGAUGGCCAUGGCAGGAAAUUGCCCACUGCUUUGUGAUCUUGAUCUUUCAAAGUGUACAAUCACUGAUACUGGGAUUGCAGCCCUCGCACGUGGAAAGCAGCUCAACCUGGAGGUACUUUCUUUGUCAGGUUGCACAAUGGUUUCAGACAAGAGCAUGUCCUCAUUGAAAAAAUUGGGCCAUACCCUUGUUGGAUUAAAUAUCAAGCGCUGCAACGCAAUCAGCAGCCGCUCCAUUGACAGGCUUACGGAACAUCUUUGGAUGUGUGACAUCCUCUCCUGAGCUGGAAGCCUUAAUCUCCCAGCAAAUUAUGGCAGCAAGUGCCUCAGCUUUCAUAAUUAGUAUUUCGCAGUAGUAGUGUUUUUGGGUCCAUUCACUAUGGGUCUUGGUCAUCUAGAAUUCGGUUCUCUUUUUCCAGAGUAUACAGUGGUUUAAUCUUUAUUUUUGCAGGUUUCCUUCAAUUGGAAACCUGUUCUCAGUUUUUGGCAUCCCUAUUGACGGGUUGCCACUUUUAAAACAGCUGUUAUCUCUGUGAACAUAGUUACUGAGUUCUGGAGUUAGGAAUCUUUCUUUCUAGUGUUGGCACCUGAUGUUUUUAGCUGUGCUUUGUAUCGGUUUUGCCACCAUGUGUGUUCUUCCUUGUCUUUAUUUCUUUGCAGCAGUUUGUACCAAAGUCUGUCCAAGUGGUGUUUACCCAAUUUUUCACGUAUUUGAACUCUGUUCUGUAUGUGAUGUUUGGGUCUCAGUUUUAUUCAAGGGGCAUGUUGAAGUUGUUCCAGUUUAUGUGCUGGUGUUAUCAUGCUUACUUUGGCAGUUCAGAGUUGUGAUAUGAUGCCUUUGUCUUCAGGGGCUUUGGCCAUGACAGCAAGUUAUAAAGGUCUGUCGUGACAAUCUUUUCCCUUUGGGGGGGAUGGGUUGUUUUUUCUACCAAGCUCUUGUUUUUAGGCGUCAUUUUUUCUGAAACUUUGUCAUUGUAACAUCUAUAUUAUGUAAUGAUACUGAUGUAUGCCCUUUGUACUGUAUCUUAUUUUAUGACAAAUAAUGAAUAAAAAUUUGUAUUUUCUUUCCAAAA